ACAAUUUACAUGAUACAUCAGGCCGCUCUUUUAUAGGUAUAGAAUUUAAUGAUUCUUAAGAUAAUUUGUUGUGGUCAUUUGAGUUGUUAAUUUGUUAAUAGUAAUAAAGAGAAUAACGAAUAGAAAGUAAUGGCUUGGCUCGUGGAUAAACGACCAAUCCCCGGUAGAAGAGAAGGUUCCAUUGGAACUAUUAUUUAUUUCAGGGUGUCUUGUCUCUCUUUUUUUUUACUUAAAAAAAAAGAGAGAGAGAGAGGAAGUGCAAACAGAAAUGGCAAGAAGAUAUUGGAACAUAAAUUUGGAAGAGAUGUUGGAAGCAGGAGUUCAUUUUGGUCAUGGUACUAGGAAAUGGAAUCCUAGAAUGGCGCCAUAUAUCUCUGCAAAACGUAAGGGUAUUCAUAUUACAAAUCUGACUAGAACCGCUCGUUUUUUAUCAGAAGCUUGUGAUUUAGUUUUUGAUGCAGCAAGUAAGGGAAAACAAUUCUUAAUUGUUGGUACCAAAAAUAAAGCCGCUGAUUCGGUGGCGCGGGCUGCAAUAAGGGCUCGGUGUCAUUAUGUUAAUAAAAAAUGGCUCGGUGGUAUGUUAACAAAUUGGCCCACUACAGAAACGAGGCUUCAUAAGUUCAGGGACUUGAGAACAGAACAAAAGACGGGGGGACUCAACCGUCUUCCGAAAAGAGAUGCAGCUAUGUUGAAGAGACAAUUAUCUCGCUUGCAAACAUAUCUGGGCGGGAUUAAAUAUAUGACGAGAUUGCCUGAUAUUGUAAUCAUCGUUGAUCAGCAAGAAGAAUAUACGGCUCUGCGAGAAUGUAUCACUUUGGGAAUUCCAACAAUUUGUUUAAUCGAUACAAAUAGCGAUCCCGAUCUCGCAGAUAUUUCGAUUCCAGCAAAUGAUGACGCUAUAGCUUCAAUUCGAUUAAUUCUUAACAAAUUAGUAGUCGCAAUUUGUGAGGGUCGUUCUAGCUAUAUACGAAAUCCUUGAUUAAUAAUAAGAUAAAUAAAUUCUUUUUUGGAACUACAUAGAUCUAUGGAACUUUUUUGGAACUACAUAGAUCUAUGGAAUCGGUUAAUAUAUCCUGAAUCGCACAAAAGAGAUAAAAAAACUGUGAAUAUUGUGUGAUUAGUUUCGUCGGUGUCAAAAUAUAGAAUUUGAGUAGGCAAGAGAAGAUUGAAUCAAAAUAAUUCCUUUUUUUUAAGUAAAGUUCUAUUUCUGUCAGAGGGCAAUAUGAAUGGUAUAUCAAACGCACUAAACGGGUUAUACGAUAUCUCUGGUGUGGAAGUAGGCCAACAUUUCUAUUGGCAAAUAGCAGGUUUCCAAGUCCAUGCCCAAGUACUUAUUACCUCUUGGGUUGUAAUUGCUAUCUUAUUAGGUUCCGCCGUUAUCGCUGUUCGGAAUCCACAAACCAUUCCAACCGCCGGUCAAAAUUUCUUCGAAUAUGUUCUUGAAUUCAUUCGAGACGUAAGCAAAACUCAGAUUGGAGAAGAAUAUGGUCCAUGGGUUCCCUUUAUUGGAACUAUGUUUCUAUUUAUUUUUGUUUCUAACUGGUCGGGUGCUCUGUUACCUUGGAAAAUCAUACAAUUACCUCAUGGAGAGUUAGCCGCACCCACGAAUGAUAUAAAUACUACUGUUGCUUUAGCUUUACUCACGUCAGUAGCAUAUUUCUAUGCGGGUCUUUCAAAAAAAGGAUUGGGGUAUUUCAGUAAAUACAUUCAACCCACUCCAAUUCUUUUACCUAUUAACAUUUUAGAGGAUUUCACAAAACCCUUAUCACUUAGUUUUCGACUUUUCGGGAAUAUAUUAGCUGAUGAAUUAGUAGUUGUUGUUCUUGUUUCUUUAGUACCUUCAGUCGUCCCUAUACCUGUCAUGUUCCUUGGAUUAUUUACAAGUGGGAUUCAAGCUCUUAUUUUUGCAACUUUAGCUGCGGCUUAUAUAGGCGAAUCCAUGGAGGGUCAUCAUUGACUAGUUUUUGUUUUUGAAAUAGUCUAGCCCUUUUUUAGCUUAGCUUGGUCCAAUCCAAUGUAUGCGCAACUCAAGAUAAUCUACUUACUUAGGGACCAUAAAUAUACAAAUACGACGAUCUAGAGUAAUAACAAAAAAGAUUACGAUAUUAGAGAAUUGUAAUAAAAAAAGGAAAGAGAUCUAAUUGAAAAGAUCUUUUUCCUAAAAUUCAGGGUUGGUCCAUUUUUUUUAUUACUUAUAUUUAUAUCAUAUUUACCUUCGAUCAAUAUUAUCCGAUCAAUAUUAUCUUUAUCUUGAUAUUGUUUUUGUUUAUUCAAUUUCAAUAUUAUGAGUCCUAAUUAGAAUAGGAAUUCUUAUGGUAUCAAUUUAGGGUCUAUGAUUUUAAAAAAGCUGUUCUUUAUAUAGAUAUAGAAUGAUUCCCAUUUCAGUCGAUUUCUUCAUUCAAUUCAAUGAUUGACCAAAAGAAAUUUUUUUUUUCAUAAAUAAUAAAAUAAAUUGCAUGAACUUAGCUCAAUCAAAUACUGAUAUUGAUGUUUUAUUUCUAUGCAAUGAUUUGGUCUAAUGAAUUCGUCCAUUUAGAUUGUAUCCAUGUGAGAUAAUGCUAAAUAAAAAAUAAAAGGAAGAGACGAAUUUACAUUACAAAAAACGAUAUAAAAAAAAAAUGAUUAGGAAAAAAAGGGGGGGGGGGGGUAAAAUUAGGUAUAUGGAAUCUAAUGGCUAUAAGACAGCUCUUGUCUAUCCUUUGAGGAAUAAUUCUAGAAUCCAAUUGAAUCUAAGACAUGAAUAGUUGGUUUACGUUAUGUAAGAAACACAUGUAUAUGGGAUAUUAGAUAUUGACUAGUUAUAUACGAACAUAUUGACUAGUUAUAUACGAACUCAAAAUAUAUCUAAUCCAACCUACUACUGUGGAGUUAGAUAGGUAUUCCAAUAGAAGAAUAGAAGUUCCUCUGUUUCGUCUUUGCUUUGAAUUGAACGAAUAAAGAGAUAAAAUAAAGACAAAAACGAAGAAUUCAAAGCAAAGAAUGGGUUGGAAAAAAGAAAGG